GGGCGGGGCCGAAAGCCCAUUUGACACUAGGGAAAGGGUCCAAGCUCCGUCUCUGGAAAGCGGGCUUAAUCGGGAUGGGGAGACUUGGGAGCCAUCCUACCCUGUGGAUCGCCCUUUAUUGCUAGCUUUGGAGAAUGGAGGUGCCCAGGCCUACGAGGCACACCACUCCUGUUGCUGAUAGGGUCUGGGAGUCCGGGUCCCUAGGUUCUAGUCCCUUCACUAUCGAGUGACCUAGGUCCCCCCCCCCUUUUUUUUUUAACCCGGGCCUCAGUUUCCCAAUCCGUGAAAUAGAGAAGGGUUAGAUCUGCCGAGCGUUAAUAUUCCAGAACUUCAAUGGGGUGCGGAGGAGGGGGAGAUGGGGGACCUACACGUGACCUCCCCGCGCGGGGCUCCGCCUAUCCCUUGUCCAGGGAUGGAAGCGCCCUGUAAGGACGGGCGGGGGUGGGUGGAUCCUAAGAAACACGACCCGGCCGCCCUUGGCUGCGGCUAAGGCGGAGCGCGCAGCUCGGCAGCGGGCUAGCCCUGGAGACAGCACGAAAAGAUGGGACCGCAACCCGGGCUUCGCAGGGGGCCACCGUGGAGACCAGGGCGGUGCAGAGACUAGACCUGUGACUUGGAGCGUAUCUGGGGAGGAUGGACAAGGGGACGGGAGGCAGCUAACAGGACUCUCUCUCCGCGCCCGCUACUCAGAGGCGCACGUCGCAGGUCCCAAGCGGGAUCCAUCGACAGCACGGCAGCACCGAGCUAGUCUUGGACCAUGAGGAGCACUCUGGCGGUCCGGCCCGGGGCCGCCGGUAGGGCUGGCCGCGUCCUGCCGCGCUGAAGGCGUAAAACUGACAGGGGCGCACGCGACCCGGCUGCGCGGGAGCGCACCGCCAUGGCGAAGGAAGAGUGCAAGGCUUUGCUGGAUGCGCUCAACAAGGCGACCGCAUGCUACCACCACCUGGUGCUAACCGUCGGAGGCUCCGCGGACUCACAGAACCUGCGUGAGGAGCUGCAGAAAACGCGCCAUAAGGCGCAGGAGCUGGCGGUGGCCACCGGCGCCCAGCUGACCACCGCUCUGCGAGACCGGGGCAUGGGCACCGAGGAGCGCGCUGAGUUCGAGCGCCUCUGGGUGGCCUUCUCCGGCUGCCUGGACCUGCUAGAAGCCGACAUGCGGCGCGCGCUGGCGCUUGGCACCGCGUUCCCACUGCACACGCCUCGACGGCCGCUCGUGCGCACAGGUGUAACUGGCGGUGCAGCGGGCGUAGCCGCGCGCGCCUUGAGCGCCCGCAGCUUGCGGCACGAGGCAGAAUGCGACUUCGAUGUAAACGACCUGCGAGAGCUGGAGCGGGAGAUCCUUCAAGUGGGCAAGAUGAGCCACGACAUGGAGAUGAAGGUCAACGUGCCCCGCUGGACAGUACAGGCCCGGCAGGCGGCGGGCGCCGAGCUCCCGUCCAGCGUUGGCGCCUCUUCAGCGGGCUUUGUGUCCAUAGAAGAGCGGACAGCGCCCUGCGACCUGAGCAAGGCCAUCGCCGCCACCCUUUUCAGCGCCGUGCUGCUGGCGGCUGUAGCCCUGGCGGUGUGCGUGGCAAAGCUCAGCUGACUGACGACACCCGAUGGCCCCUAGGCACCACUGUUCCUUCCGCAGAGACAUCCCUCCCAGAAUGACCGCUACUGCCAGGACUCAGAUGGGAGUGGGAUCUGGCAUGUAUAAGGGGAGAGGUUCUAAAACCCCGUGUGUGUACACGCGCGUUUCAGGCAAACAUCUGCCUAGGCGGAACGCGGUUUCCUCUUGCUGGCCUGGGAGGAGUUAAUUUUGUGCGGGCCGCCAGGGCAUUACCACUAAUGUAUGCAGGAGCUUUAUCCUCUAUUAAUAGAAAACCGUCCACAGUGCCCCCAGAUUCCUCUAAGUUAAUGAGUUUCCGCGUGUGCUGCUGGGGCGUGUUUACACUAGAGACUCCCAUGGGGCAGUUUGAAAAAGGGGAUGAGGUGAAAUGAAAUGUGGAGAGGGGGCCUGUUUUGUUGUGGUGGGGGGUUCUUCCUGGACAGGAGACAGAUUGCAACAAGCUGUAAGCAGUUUUUAUUACCUUAAUCCUUUGGGGCCUAAGCUUAGAGUGCAAAAAGAAGUUCAUGCAAAGUGCUUUCUCUACUGCGCACGAUUGCACUUCUUGGCAGAGCUUAUCCGUGAGUCAACAAAAGCAGCUAGAGAGGGUCUGACUUUGCUUGUAAAACCAGAGAAGCACGGUAGAAGCCGCCCUCCACUGCACACACUGCCUAUUUAAAAAGACACUCCCCAGCCAACUUGGGAAGGGUAUAAGCUUCAGGAUAGGCCACAUGCUGUUUAAAUAAGGACUUUCUCCUUCGCUGGGGCUUAUUUUUGUUCCAGAACUAGACCAGAGUUUUUGAUCCUCCUUUAGGGGAGGGCUGGGGAAUCCUCUUUGAAGCCCUUAAUCCUAUCUAUCCCUUGGAAUUUGCUUGCUGGCCAGUAGGAGAGCUGGCUUUGGAAGGAGAUGCACAUCUCUCUGACCCCGACACUGCCUCCCCCCCCCUCCACUGGGUAUAGUGGCAUCACUGGCACAGAGAGGUUUUGAGCCAAUUAAUCCUGAGACUGGGUUAGAAUGUAGCAGCUUUAACUUGGAAUUUAAGAAGCUUUUUAAAAAUAACAAUCAUUUGAAAGUCACAUAACCAUAUUGUGUACUAUCAAAACUGUUUUCUUUAUAAAGGGCAUUUGGUCACGAAUUUAUACCUGACAAUGAGUCAAACAUAGCAGUCUUAUUUGUAAAUAUACAUCUGAAUCUAUUUUUAAAAUCUAUCUUCUUGAAGGCAGGAGGUCAUAGCAAAAACUGCUGGAACCACAGGUGUAGAUGACAUAAGUUAAGUGGGUGCUGCUUCUUUCGGUUAAUAAAUAAGGAAAUGUGGAAAACACUCCAGGUCUCAAGCUGGAAUUUGCCUGAGGAGUGCUGCUACCUCCUACCUGUGGUCCAGAGAGAGCAUCUGUUGAGAAACGAGAUGCAUUUAACUCUCUAAAGGUAAUAAUUUGGAAUAAAACUCAAAGGCUUUGAUUUGACUGAAAACUGACGAGAUUUUUUUUUUUUUUUUUAAUUCCGGAAAUGAGAAAGGGGACUAGGAGGAAAGCAUUGGCAGUUUUUCAAAAGGCAACUUGGAGGGCAAAGGGGCAAAGGCAAAUAGCAGGAGUGCUGUCUGGGCAUCCACUCCUACAAGCCACCCUCCCAGCUCACUCUCACUCCUCAGCACACAGGUUCCAGCACCUCAGAAUAUGAGAUGUUUGCAUGUGUCUGCGAUAAUGGUUUUAAAAGACCCGCAGGUCUUAAGCCAAUGAAAUAACUAAUUAAAAACUAAUUAAAUAACUAAUUAAAAACUCUUUCUGCCUCUCCCAGUCAGGGGUGAAACUGAACAAUAACUAAUUAAAAACUCUUUCUGCCUCUCCCAGUCAGGGGUGAAACUGAACAGGGGCCAAUGUCAAAUUCUUUUGCACCAGACUGUCCAAAGUACCUUCAGAGAUGACACAGAAAGUUUUCUAAAUUCUCCUCCUUUCUCCUCCCACACACAAUAACACAUGGAAUCUCCACCACCUUCCCCAAAAUGCCCCAGCCUCAUCUCAGGCAAGAGGAGGCUGGGGCAUUUUGUGACCCAAUGUUGGAAAAUAUCCCUAAAAACCAAGCCCUGAAUAGAAUUUCCUCUUUUUAAGACUGACUCUCUGUUCUUAUCAAGGUGUUUUGGUUCAUGAAAAAAUAAAUUGUUCGGCAGAACCUGUUAAGGAAACAACCUAUCAGAAAUCAUGUAAUCCACAGAGAACAUUUGGGACAAGCAAACUUAAUUGUUGUCAUUCCAUCCUCUUGGCAGAUCCUUGAGUAUUAUAUGUGCAAUCUGAUUCUAAGAGUCCUCUGCUCACUGAAAUUAGCAAUAAAAUGUUGCAAAAAAAAAAAAAAAACAACUGAAUUAGAAUAAACAUCCUGUGAACCUGUUAA